AUGGCUGCAGUAUCGCUCAGGUCACCAACAAUUCCGGAUGAGGAAACUGUGAGGUGGUUGUCUCGACCCUUUGAUGAAGACAACUGGAACCCCUCGAUUGCGCCAUCCGAGGUGGAUGAGAAAGAAAAGUCGGAGAGCACCAAGGUGAAGCGUAUGAGUGGUGGUUCCAGUGAACCCCCCAAAAGAAACAGCGGCAGCAAAAGCAAAGAUAAACGAAGCAAGAGCCCAAAACGAAACAGCGGGGGGCAGACAUCGGCCAAGAACCCAACUACAUGUAGGCGUGUCACCAGAACGAAAUCAGCAUCAGCUCGGGUAGUCAGUAGUGGCGGUCCUUCAAGCAUUAGAAAAGGGAGCGUUGCCAAAAGCAAGAGCCCAAAGAGAUCCAAAAGCGGUGGGAAUGCCCAAGAGAGCCCCUCGGCAAAGAACAAGAGUCCUAAGAGAUCAACCAGCAUUGGCGAUGUGGAUCGAUCCCGAUCCAAGAGCACUGAACGUGGACGUCUGAUCCUUCCUCACCACGACGAGAGCCGUGACCAAGACAGCGAUGAUGCGAGUAUUGACCUAGAAACGAUUACGAGCCCCAGCAGCCCCAGCGACAGUAGCCCUGAACGCGGAUCUCGCCGCCAUCAGAUUUGUUCCCACGCUAGUCUGGAGAGCUUUGGCCAUGAUAGCAGCAGCAGUAGUCGCCGCAGCAAUCGUUAUGAUCACCGCCACAAUCGCAGCGCGCUGGAUAUCCAUUCUGGGCACCACGACAAGCCAAGACGCCAGGCCAUUUCCACCAGAAAGCACAGCGAAGCGAAGAGUCUGAGAUCUCAUUCAAGGGACAAGAGUGACUUGUCGAGUAGUAGCCAUCACAAGAAGAGCCACCGAACCAGCUCAAGGGACAGUCUUCUUGGAGGCAGCAGUCACCACAAGCGUGCCAGUGGAUCCAAAAGCCGAUCUAAGAGUCCCAUGAAAGAACGCACAAAGAACCUUGAAGAACGAAGGCCAUCCGUCCGCCAAAGCCGAUCAAAGAGUCCUAUGAGAGAGCACCUGAAGGGCAGCAAUGAUCGCCGACCAUCUAUCCGCCAAGGCCGCGACCGAUCCAAGAGCCCCAUGAGAGACCAUGCAAAGGGUAACGAUGACCGUCGCCCUUCUCUGCGCCAAGGUCGGCCCAAGAGUCCCGCAACAGAGCAACUGAAGAGCAACGGAGAUCAUCGACCUGCCCUCUACCGCGUCCCAAGCCGAUCCUACUCUGAUUUGGGCAAGGACCUGGCCCUGCAACGGAUGCAGGGCAGCCGAAAGCUGUCAGCAGUCAUUGGCGUGGAUAGACGUGCAAUGAUGACGAGGUCUCAGUCAGAACGAAGCAACAGUAGUAGUGUCCAGGAAAACGUGCAGCCGAACGCAAGACCAGCUGCUAUCGAUAGACGCUCCUUGAUGAAACGGACACAGUCUCAGGGAGGAUGUGUAGCAGAUUCUACAUUGUUGAGACCAAAGCCACAGCCCGCAGUCCGCAUUCCCCGAUCAGAGCGACGCGGUAGACGAAACACCAUCCGGAAGUGCAAUUCCUUUGGCCAAGGAGAACGCAAUUCGGAUGAUGAACGCACCGAAAGGACGGGGGCGGCAAAGGUCCAGGAACUGGGGCGUCGACCGACAAGACGCACGAUCUCCGCUUCCAGUAGUAGCGAAAAUGGCAUGCCUACGUUACGUCGGGUUAUGUCCACGGGCCAAAGAGGGCGGAACACUGCCAACGGGGGAUUCGCCAAGCUCCAACUCUCAAAAGCCUUGGAAUCUCAUGGUAGCUCGAAGUUUGACGAUGCUUACGGGGCUACUCUCAAAGCCUACGAUCCCGUGCAGAGGUGGAGCGGCAGCGACCAUUCCAAGUUCGAUGAAGCCUACGACACCACGAUGAGGUCUUUCAGCCCUGCUCGCCAGCGAGACGAUUCGGCGAACAAGUCUCCGGAAAGUCUAUUGAGUGAAAAGGUUCAACGAAUGAAAGAGCUUCGUACAACCAAUGACUGGGGGUCAUCGAGUAGCAAGUUUUCGGACUUGGACGAUGAGGAGGAGGAAGGUCCAGAAACUUGGAUGAAGGAUUUCAACAGUUUCUUUCGUACCGGUGGCUUCACAGCAACCAGAAAAGCGGACAACGAGACUGGUGGCAACAAGCAAGACAAUUGGAUGAAGGAAAUUCCUGUAUUGUUUCGCACUGCGGGGUCCGCCAAGACGGCGUAG